GUUUCCAAGAGCAAGAUCGACAUGGAACUGGUGCGGAAGGCCGUUGCAGCUUGCUUUAAGUUCGUGUUCUACAAGAGCACGGACUUCGACGGCGAGGUGUUCAAUGCAUACUCCGACAUGCGGAAGGCUUUGCGCGCGAAUAUCGUAGAGGCUCACCUUGCAGAUAUCGCUGCAGUGCGGUUCCCUACAGAUGACAAGAACACUGGCGCCGACCCGACGGAGGUGGAUGACGUCCUGAGCCUCUGUGAAUCCAAUCGGGCCAAGUCGGUCAACGAGACUGCGGCAGUCGAGUCCGUCGGCGCCGCGCCCGCGGAGCCAGUGAAGUCGCGGUCGGAGCUCCUCGCGGACUUCGCGAAGGAGGCGCAGCAGUGCCAACGCUGGAUCUUCGACCUCUAUGAGUCGAAGAAUUGCUGCAAGGGCACGUUCCCGCGGGCCACCGAAGACAUUAUGUCUUGUGCGGAGAAGCAGCAGGCGCUUUUGAUGGCCAACGUCGGCGUGGCCAGCCAGCUUGGUAGGCCAGCGGAUGCGAAGAAGAUAUCACCCGGCCAGCUCGCCAGCAUUGCAGCCAACAAGUUCAUCGACAUGCACCAUGGGCCCGCGAAUGUGUACAUGGCUAUUUUGGCAAAGCUGCACCGAGAGAGCGCGGACUCGGCCAGCGCCGAGUCGAAGGUGGCUGCGACAAAGUUGCGCGAUCAGUUGAACAUCGCCAUCGACGACGACGGAGCUGAGCACCGCGACCUGGUGGUGAAUAUGGUUAACCAGAUGAGCCUUUACAUCGCCGAAGUGAUCAGAUUUAACGGCGCAGGGGUGAGGCGCUAUACCGAGUUGGAUGCCGCCGAGUACGUCUCCAAGCUCAGG